CCAGAAUAGUAAACAACAUGGCGCACUACCAACACAGAACGGACUAGGGGCAUAUCGAAAAUACAGCUGUGACAAGCACUCUAAACACAUUAUACAUAUUUUCAUAGUUUUCGCUGUAGUGAUAAAGUACCAGGGUACAGCAUUUACUUGCAGACGACAAAGACUGUGUCACAACGAACAAGCUGUCAACCCCUCUAUCCACUGGAACAGGAUAGGCUAUCGGCCUAUGGGCUCGCAGUCCAGUUCUGGGAUGUCCGGUCGGGGUUCUAGCGGAAACCCAGACCAGUCUGAACCAGAACCAGAACCAGAAUCUAACCAGAACUCGAAUCAAAGGAACCGCAGACCAGCUGAAAGGCAGACAGAAAGACAGUCAGCUGCUGAGGAGGACGUCGACUUAGCUCAAGUGCUGGCUUACUUACUGAGAAGGGGCCAGGUCAGACUGGUCCAUGGAAGUGGAGCAACAGGCCUGCAGCUUGUCCAGUCCUAUUCCGACUCGGAUGAGGACAGCGACGGGGCCUGGGAAGGUCGCCUCGGAGACCGCUACAAUCCCCCUGUGGACUCCCAACCUGACACCCAGGAUGUGGACCGGAGUGAGAUUCGCACUCAGAUUCUGCUGGCCACAGCCUCGUCCAGCCUUAAAGGGAGACACAGCUUCACGCACAUGCUGACACAGAGGGAACAGGGCCGGUGUCGAGGUUCCAGUUUCUCUCAUGGGGAGUGCAGUCGCAUUCGAUCACAUUUCCUGCCGAAUCAUGUUGCCUUCAAGGACACAUAUCAGCAGAAAGCCUUCUGCGGGCUAUACAGCAACGAUGGAAACAUGUUCCUCUCUGCUUGUCAAGAUCAGAACAUCCGUCUGUACGACACCAGUAGGGGGCGUUUCUCUCUGAAGAGGACGGUCAAGGCGCGGGACGUGGGCUGGAGCGUGCUGGACGUCUGCUUCACCCCCGACUCCCGCAGCGUGCUCUACUCCAGCUGGUCCGACUACAUCCACGUGUGCAGUAUAGAUGGCGACAGCGAAUCUCACACCGCCCUGGACCUCAAUCCAGACGAAAGGAGGUUCUGUGUCUUUUCUCUCACCGCAUCUGUAGAUGGGAAGGAGAUUCUCGGAGGGGCAAAUGAUGGGUGCCUGUAUGUUUUUGACCGUGAACAGAACAAACGGACGUUGAAGAUCGACGCUCACGAGGACGAUGUGAACGCGGUGGCGUUUGCCGACAGCUCGUCACAGCUGCUCUUCUCAGGGAGCGACGACGCACUCUGCAAGGUGUGGGACAGGCGCACGCUCCGCGAGGACCGCCCUCAGCCCGUGGGUCACCUGGCUGGACACCGCGACGGGAUCACCUUCAUCCACAGCAAGGGCGAUGCACGCUACCUGAUCAGUAACUCUAAAGACCAGUCCAUCAAGCUCUGGGAUAUAAGGAAGUUCUCCCCUAAGGAGGGUCUGGCUGCUUCUCGGCUGGCGGUCACACAGCAGAACUGGGACUACCGCUGGCAGCAGGUCCCCCAAAAAGCCCUGAAGAGGCACAAACUGUCGGGCGACACGUCGGUGAUGACGUACCGGGGCCACGGCGUGCUGCACACACUCAUCCGGUGCCGCUUCUCGCCCGAGUUCAGCACCGGACAGAAGUACAUCUACACCGGCUGCUCCACCGGCAAGAUCAUCAUCUAUGAUGUCCUGACCGGCACCAUCGUGUCCAAACUCUCAGGCCAUGACGCAUGUGUGAGAGAUGUGAGCUGGCAUCCCUACCAGGAGAACAUCGUCAGCAGCUCCUGGGAUGGAGCAGUUCGGCUGUGGGAGCACAGGCAGACACACCCUCUGGACGAGGAGAGAGAAAGAGACCGGGAUCGAGAGUGAGAUAGAGAGAGAGAGAGAGAGAGAGAGAGAGAGAGAGAGAGAGAGAGAGAGAGAGAGAAAGGAAAAGAAAGAGGGAGAGAAAAAAACGAGGGAAGAUGCAGAGGUGCAGAGGAGUUUUAGGACAAAGCUUUUGUUGCGUCUGAGCUGCCGCCCCAGCGCGAGGCAGCAUGACCCGGAAAGAAUAAGCUCCAACACAAUACAGGACUCUACUUGUUGCUGUUUUGUUUUCUGGCAAGUGUUAGAUCCAUAAGUUCAACUAUUCCAUGUUAUUUCUUACAAGAACGUCACUUCAAAAUCAAUAACAGCCAUGCUGUGGACGGACCACAGAGUAGUUUAUCAGUAGGAGUUGAGGAGCGAUGUGUUUUCAGUUCUGUUUUAGUAGAUCUUUCUCAGUCAGCGCAACUGAGUGUGUAGUUAAUGCAAAGGUUGUUUUUUUUUUAAUGGCCGGAGUCUGUUGGCUGUUCAGGUUUCCUUUUCCUUUAGGAAGGGUGGGAUCAUGGGGUGGGCUCGGGCGUUCCAACAAGGUGCUUUUUGAAGAAAGGCAUUAACAGUUAAAAAGCAAGAGUAAGAUGUUUUUAAAAAGGUAGAAAAAAACAUGAUCACAUGGCAGGGGGUUGGGGUGUUAGGGUCAAUUCUAUGAUCAUGUAAAAUAUUUUAUUGGGAUUAAUGUUGAAAUGUUGAUAAAUUUGUAAUCUAGUAUUCACAUUCUCAGCCAAAAGAUUUGAUUGUCUUUUUUUUUUGUGAAGAGAUAAGCUGGUCACAGGGAAAUGUCUGUAUGUGUGUGUGUGUGUGUGUGUGUGUGUGUGUGUGUGUGUGUGUGUGUGUGUGCGUGUGUGUGCGUGUGUGUGCGUGCGUGUGUGUGCGUGUGUGUGUGUGUGUGUGUGUGUGUGUGUGUGUGUGUGUGUGUGUGUGAAUGAAAGGAUCAGAGAACAUAUGUAUGUGCAUAUACACAGUAAUUUGUGUAUAUGGUGAGCCUGCCUGUCUGUCAGUGUGUUUUGGGUCAUUCUCACUAAAUUCUUUUUUUUUUCAGUAAUUAUUAAAAUCCCACAUAAACUAAA